CUCGGGCUCCCGGCUGGGCGGAUAAAAGGGGCCUGAGCCGGGGGCUCCCAGGCAUUCCCGGAGCGGGCACCAGGGACCGCCGGCCGCAGCAUGACGGGCAAAGCGGGCGCGGCGCUGGCCCCCGGCCUGCCCGGUAAGCCCAAACCCGACGGCGCGGCCGCCGCCCCCGCCGCCCCGCCGCCACCGCCUCCGCCGCCCCCCGCGGCGGGGGCCAAGCCCAGCUCCGGGCCCACCCCUCCCCGCUGCACCGGCUUCGGCAUCCAGGAGAUCCUGGGCUUGAAUAAGGAGCCGCCGUCGCACCCUCGGGCCGCCCUGGACUCGCUGCCCGCCGGGCACCUGCUGGCGGCCCGCUCCGUGCUCAGCCCCGCCGGCGUGGGCGGCGUGGGCAUGGGGCUGCUGGGGGCCGGCGGCAUCCCCGGCUUCUACACCCAGCCCACCUUCCUGGAGGUGCUCUCCGACCCCCAGAGCGUCCACCUGCAGCCUCUGGCCCGGGCCCCGGGGCAGCUGGACAGCAGCCAGACGGCCAGCUCAGAUUCCGAGGAUGUCUCCUCCAGCGACCGGAAAAUGUCCAAAUCCUCCCUAAACCAGAGCAAGAAACGAAAGAAGAGGCGGCACAGGACAAUCUUCACAUCCUACCAACUGGAGGAGCUGGAAAAGGCUUUCAACGAGGCCCACUAUCCCGAUGUAUACGCUAGAGAGAUGUUGGCCAUGAAAACAGAGUUGCCAGAAGACAGGAUACAGGUUUGGUUCCAGAACCGCCGGGCCAAAUGGCGAAAGAGGGAAAAGUGCUGGGGCAGGAGCAGCGUGAUGGCUGAGUAUGGGCUCUAUGGUGCCAUGGUACGUCACUCCAUCCCGCUGCCUGAAUCCAUCCUCAAGUCUGCCAAGGAUGGCAUCAUGGAGUCCUGCGCCCCUUGGCUCCUGGUUCAAGAUGGCUUUCCCAUGCCCAGGCGCUUUUCUAAACCCGAAUACCAACAAUUCUUUUUAGGGAUGCACAAAAAGUCUCUGGAGGCAGCGGCUGAGGCGGGGAGGAAGACGGAGGUGGAGCGCCAGGCCCUGCCCAAGCUUGACAAGGGUGACAAGGAAGAGAGGGGCCAGGAUCCCAAAACCACCAUUUCCCAGGAGGAACUGAGAGAAAACAGCAUUGCUGCCCUCAGGGCCAAAGCUCAGGAGCACAGCACCAAAGUCCUGGGGACCAUUGCCGGGGACACCGCAGCCCCAGGGAGGAAGCCGGAGAUAGGGGAGGAGGAAGCAGCGGUGGAGGAUGAGAGACAGACGGAGAAGUUGAACUCAUCGCAGAAGGAGGAGAAGCUGAUCUAGGGGGGGAAGAGGUGGCGGAAGCCAGCCCUGACAGACACUGUGUCCUCUGGGGGCCGUGUUCCCCCUUGGACUGCCAGGCCCCCCCCGGCCGCCCCUGCCUGGGGAGCGGGGCCCCGGUCUCUGCGCUUGGGGCUGCCUGGCAGGGGUGCCCCCCACCUGCUCCCCUUGAGCGUACCCCUGCCCCUCGCUCCUCUGCCCCGCCGGGCCGCCCUUACCCUACCACCCCUGCCCCGUGGGGACCAGGAAGCGUCCCAUCGUCAUCGCCACCCAAGAGGACGCUGAGGCUCUGGGUCCCUCCGGCCUUGUGACCAGCUCCGGGGCUUCCUCCUCCUGCUCCAGUCCCAGACCCCAUCCGCCAUCUUGGAGUGAGCCUGUCCCCUGCCGCCAUGCCCCUCCUUGGUGCACGUCUCUCCCCAGUGCUGCCUGGGUCCCUUCCCCUGGUGCCCUGUCCUGCCAUGCCCCAGGCAGACCCCCCACCUUCCCCCAGCCAUCACCUCUGCCUCUGGCUCAGGCUGCCACGGGACAAGCCCAUGGCAGCGUUUGCAUGAAAUGGUGACUCUCCGUCCAGGGUGGCUCGCCCCUUCCACCCAUUUUUCCCCGCCCGGCGUUGGGGUCUGCCGGGAAGGGGCUUCAGCUUUAGAGGGGUUGAGUUUUGCCUCCGUUAAUCAGGGAGAGGCAGGUUUAGCCUGCGGGUGCGACACCCUGGUCCCACCUGGCACCUCAAGAUGACCCCCGGCCCAUGUUGCUGGCUCCUGCAGGGCUGGCCGCCGCAGCUGGGUCUGACUCUGCCCCAAACACCAAAGCCCUGCACCCCUGCGGAGAAGCCGAACAGUGAAUUUAUUUACUGAAUACGUUAUUCCAGGCGAGACAACAACAUCUGCCCAAUGUAUUUAUUGAAUUAAACUUGUCCAGCUCGCUCUCUGAGUGUUAAAGGGAAUGACAGCCAUGCACGUCCACCCCGAUACACCCUGUAACGUGUACAUAUGUCUCCCAACUGGCCCCACAUGAGCGCAUGCAGACCCAUGCAGCCAAAACCGCUCCGUGGUACCAUCACUUUCCCAUCCUGGUAAGGCGCUAUCCCCCUCCAAAAGCUAUAGGACAGUGACUUCCAGGCAAUCCUUUCUGUCCUGCUUUCAGCUGUGAGCACCCUUUCCCCAGAGCUACUGUGUUUUCUUCCAUCAAAGGUUAAGACCCUCCAUCCAGUCCCUGUUUGUCUUUGUCCCCCAGUCGUUUGACGUGUUAGAUGAUAGCCCAUGGUGUGUAAAUAAUGUAUAUACAGUGAGAAAAUAAUUCAGUAUUGAGGUGUUUGAGAUAUGGAGCUGUAACAACUUCUAGUCAUCCAACAUCUGUGAUUUAUGUGCCAUUUUCUGUAAAGAUAUGAACAAGAAUAAAACUAAACAGGAAUACUGUGUAUGAGUCUGGUCACCAGUGUUCAAGGAGGGUGAAUUCAGCCAAAGCUGAGAGGGGGUUGGAUGUCAGGUUGUAGGCAGAGAGAGGUGGGAGCUCCAAAGCAGCACAGAGAGAGGUCUGCACCUUCCCCCCCACCCAGGCAUGGAGAAAACAGGGCUCGAGUGCUGCUCUCCCUUUGUGGUGAAAGACAACGCUGAAAGGGCUGUGCUUGUA